CAGAACGCGCGCUUCCUGCUUUACGGCAAGGGAGCGCGCAUUUGCGACAAUGUGACGCUAGCAAGUUUUGGCGGGAAAAGUCCUGCAUUUGGAUUCCUGUGGUGGCGGGCAAAGGACGGCCUGCCGUGGGACUUAGUGGAGACAUGGCAGUGCCCUUUGUGGAAGACUGGGACUUGGUGCAAACCCUGGGAGAAGGUGCCUAUGGAGAAGUUCAACUUGCUGUGAAUAGAAGAACUGAGGAAGCAGUUGCAGUGAAGAUUGUAGACAUGAAGCGUGCCAUAGACUGUCCAGAAAAUAUUAAAAAAGAGAUCUGUAUCAAUAAAAUGUUAAAUCAUGAGAAUGUAGUGAAAUUCUAUGGGCACAGAAGAGAAGGCAAUAUCCAGUAUUUAUUUCUGGAGUACUGUAGUGGGGGAGAACUUUUUGAUAGAAUAGAGCCAGACAUAGGCAUGCCUGAACAAGAUGCUCAGAGGUUCUUCCAUCAACUCAUGGCAGGGGUGGUUUAUCUGCAUGGUAUUGGAAUAACUCACAGGGAUAUUAAGCCAGAAAAUCUCCUAUUGGAUGAAAGGGAUAACCUCAAAAUCUCUGACUUCGGCUUGGCAACCGUUUUUCGGCACAAUAAUCGUGAGCGUUUAUUGAACAAGAUGUGUGGUACUUUACCAUAUGUUGCUCCAGAGCUUCUGAAGAGAAAAGAAUUUCAUGCAGAACCAGUUGAUGUUUGGUCCUGUGGAAUAGUACUUACUGCAAUGUUGGCUGGAGAAUUGCCGUGGGACCAGCCUAGUGAUAGUUGUCAGGAAUAUUGUGAUUGGAAAGAAAAAAAAACAUACCUCAACCCUUGGAAAAAAAUCGAUUCUGCUCCUCUAGCCCUGCUGCAUAAAAUCCUAGUUGAGAAUCCAUCAGUAAGGAUUACCAUCCCAGACAUCAAAAAAGAUAGAUGGUACAACAAACCACUUAAGAAAGGGGCAAAGAGGCCCCGAGUCACUUCAGGUGGUGUAUCAGAGUCUCCUAGUGGAUUCUCUAAGCAUAUUCAAUCCAAUUUGGACUUCUCUCCAGUCAAUAGUGCUUCUAGUGAAGAAAAUGUGAAGUACUCCAGUUCUCAGCCAGAACCACGGACAGGUCUUUCGUUAUGGGACACUAGCCCUUCAUACAUUGAUAAACUGGUACAAGGGAUCAGUUUUUCCCAGCCCACAUGCCCUGAUCAUAUGCUCCUGAAUAGUCAGUUACUCGGCACCCCAGGAUCCUCACAGAACCCCUGGCAGCGCCUGGUCAAAAGAAUGACACGAUUUUUUACCAAACUGGAUGCAGACAAAUCUUAUCAGUGCCUAAAAGAGACCUGUGAGAAAUUGGGCUAUCAAUGGAAGAAAAGUUGUAUGAAUCAGGUUACUGUAUCAACAACUGAUAGAAGAAACAAUAAACUGAUUUUCAAAGUGAAUUUGGUAGAAAUGGAUGAGAAGAUUUUGGUUGACUUCCGGCUUUCUAAGGGUGAUGGAUUGGAAUUCAAGAGACACUUCCUGAAGAUUAAAGGGAAGCUAAGUGAUGUUGUAAGCAGCCAGAAGGUUUCGCUUCCGGCCACAUGAUAGAUCUGCUGGCUCUGGGAUUCCUGGUGAAUAUAGUGCUGCUAUGUGGACAUUAUUCUUCCUAGAGAAGAUUAUCUUAUUCUGCAAACUGCAAACAGUAGUCCCCAAAGAAUUGUCUUCCCUCUAGCCAAACAUUUUCCAAUUCUUUUUGUAUGUUCUUCAUGCAAAUAAUACCUAUAUCUUAAUUGUAAGUACAACUUUGGGCAAAGGGUGGAUAGAAUUCAUUAGCUAUUUCUUCAUCUGCGUUUAGUGUCUGAAUUUGAGACCCACGUGGUGGAAACCAAGUUUUGGGGAUACAUGAGUUUACCAACUUUUAUACCAAUAUAAUGAAAGAUGAUACUUCUGUCCCAUUUUUACCAAAACAUUUGGUUUCAUCCAAAAAGUGUGUAUUUCCUUCACAUUGACAUAAUUACGUGGAUGGCUUGGUAAAAACAAUCUUGUGAUUUUGGGAUAGUAGGCUUAUCCGUCUGUGAAACAAAGCCAACUUCAAAAAUCUUAUCCCCAAGAUUUGUACUUAAAUUUUCAGAAGGGCCUGAUCAGGUCUAUAAAUCUGAUUUUGAAUUAUAACUAUUAAUUAAAAUUGCAAGUAGAUUUGUUUUUUUCUGAUAUAGUUAAUAAUAUGUAAAAUACUAAUUAGUCUUUCAAAUAGAAGUUGAGCAUACACCCUAGUGCUUAACUACCUUUACUCUAAAUUACUGUUGCACAUUUUAAAUAUUUUUCUAUAUUAUUUUCUACUUUCACAGCCAUAUUUUAAUUCUUUAUUACAGAAAUAAAUUUUAUUUUGAAAGUGAACUAGCUAACUCUGUGAAUUUAUUGGUGACUAAGCUUCUAGGUGGCAAGGAAUGAAAGAGGAUGGAAAAAGAAAGCUAUAAUGGAAAUAGAUUUGAUUCCUGACUCUUUUACCUAUUAGUUUUAGUAAGCCCUUGUUCUCCCAAUAAAACAGAUUUUAACUUUUAAGUAUA